CGGACAGUGUGUGUGUCGUGCCGGGUACGACGGUCCGUUCUGCUACGCCAUCAUUCCGUCGCAGGUCAUCAACGGCGGCAAAGCGAACCAGCCCGGGACCCAAGCUGGGCUGAUCACCAUCUGCGUGCUCAUGCUUGUGGCGCUCUUGGCAUACUUUGGUUUUCUUGCUUGGCGCCGCGGGACCGGUCGUGAUCCAGACGACUUUCUGGCGUCAGGCCCAACGGCGCACCGGGAGCAUCGGCCGGUCUGGAUGGCUCGAGCCCCAUGCACACGUACCCGUCUACUGACGCAUCUAACGCCAAGCCAGCAGACACAUCGCUGCAGCCCGCUUCAGCGGGGGUCGGCACCGCAUCAUUGCCGCCAUCUGCUGCCGAGCCGGCCGUCCUCACCGACGAACCCGAGAGCGCUCCAACGGCCGUCGACUCGCUCGGUGUCAACGAUGCCGGUGACUCGGGCGGGCCAGGCCCAGACUCACUCGGCGUCGGACCGGCGGCUGGUCUGGGCUCGCACUCGGACUCAGGCCCGCCGCCUGCUGCCGCUAGGUCAGUCGCUGCGGGAGGCACCGUUGCAGGAGGCAUGGCUAUCACCACCGGCGCCGCUGCAAGCUCCAGCUCUGCCACGGGUAUGGCGACGACUGCCUCUGUAGCCGAGACGGCUGCGGCUUCAGCCGCAGGCACUGUACCGGCCAGCGCGUCACCGGACGACCCUACGCCUGAGCAGCUGCAGCUGCUUGAGAGCACGCUUCUGGAGCGCGACCUCGCGCUGGUGUUUGCGAUGGACGAGUGCGUGGCGAGCCGACCGGCCAAGUUUGCCAUCAAGCUGGCCAAGGCCAUGGUGUGCGUGUUUGAGGAGCAGGGCUCGUGCAUGCGGCUCGUCCGCAAGACCAUCCAAUUCGAGGUCAACAAGACGUCGUCGUCGGCGUCGCUCUCGUCGGCCGUCUUCCUUGACGACCUACUCACGACCGAGAUUGUCGUGGCGCAUGCGAACCACAUGGCACACAUGGCGCUUGCCGACUGGCUGGCGUCGUUUGCCGAGCAGCUGGCCGAGGCUGGACCCAUCGAGCUCGACCCGGCCAAGGUGAGCAAGGCUGAGGCCGCAACGGCGGCAACCAAGGCCAUGGAGCUCGCCAUGGCCUUCAUCCAGUCGGCCACGCAGGUGGCAGCCGAAUGGUCACCCUCUCUCCGCCACGUCUUCAAGUUUGUCCACUCGGCCGUUGGCCCGGCCAAUCGGGCCGAGGAAGUCGGCCGCAUAGUCUUUGACCGCGUGCUCUUUGUCAACCUCCUCAACACCGAGCGAGUCAAAAGCAACAAGAUGCUCAAGAACUCCGUCAAAGUUCUUGCCAAGGUCGUCAAGACAACCUACCGCCACAAGCCGCUCUCGUACCCUUCCCCCGCCUCGGUGGCCAAGGCUGUGGCGACAUGGGCCGACAACACUCGCCCAGCCACCGAAGCCUUCCUUGCCCUUCUCGUCGACGUGUCAGACGACUCGAUCGUCGAGGUCGUGCGCCAGGUCGACGACGAGCGCAAGCGCCUCCACCUCAUCAACGCCUACCGCAUCCUCGCCGACAUGCAGCCUGACAUGACCGGCAAGUACUCGGACGACUUCCGCGGCAAGUUCAACCUUCGCGAGUUUAACCGUCACGCACAGCUGUUGCUCAAGGUCAAGAAGAUCAUGGGCCAAGAAUGAACAUAAGAGGAAGCUA